AUAGAAACUGGCAGCAGCGGAGCAAUAGAUUGAAACAACUGAACGAUCCAUCAUACUUUUCUGCCCUUUUUUGCGUGAAAUGGACCACUAUUUUUAUCCUUCGCAUCACGGCGGAUUUGCACUGCUCGUGUUCAUGUUGGUUGUUACCUCUGCUUUGCUGAUUGCGAAUUGGACAGGUUUAGUACUCGUGAAUGAUAACAUUGGUACGAGUAUCAAUGAACCGUGUAUUCCUACCUUUCAGAUCGCUAUGGAUAAUCAUCUAGAGAUUGAUGCCUCAAACCUAGCACUUUCCUUGAUCAAAAGCGCCUACCACCAAGAUUAUUACAAUUCGUCUAUAUCACAUCAUUAUUUUGUCCGGACGGCUCCAUCGAAUAUCCAGGAGGAACUGUCGAAAUUUGUUUGGAGUGGCUCUGUUCUGAAACAGAUACGUGCAAGACUCAGGGGGACUGAUGGGGAUUGCGAUGCCGAUUUCGCCAAUUCCGACUUUCGUGUGAUCCCAGACGUUUUUGACGAAGUUUACUUCAUGAGACCCGAAUUGGACUUGCUGGACGAAAAGAAGAUCCACUUUGAUGGAAAUCUAAAAGUCCCAGGGAUAUGCACAAUCCGAGCCCUAACUUAUCUUUCGGGGAAUGAUGCAACGCUUUUCGCUCUCACGAGUGACGAAAAUUAUACCACAUACAGCCACAGCUCGAUUAUUUUGGACUUUAACAGAGAACUGCACUAUGUUGCAUUGAAUUCCACCUCCAAGACUUCAAUGAACCAAUCACUUGGAGCAACAUAUAUGGAACAAGAGCCUCGUGUUAUGGUAAAAUCUGCCAUGCACGUAAUACCGCCUGGAAACCAUUUUUUGCUCACUCAUUUUCAGAUAGGACUUCAUCGAAUAAUGGUGUUCGGAGCCAGGAGUUUUAGGCGUGCAUUCGAAUCAAAAUCAGAUCAAAAAAUGUCUUCAAAAUUGAAUUUGUGCAUGAUGGCCAUCGACAAUACGAUGAGAUUUCUGAAUAAAAUUCAUAUGAUGUUACCACUCAUCGUCAUCGGUCUACCGCUCGGUGUAAUCUUGUAUGCACUGAUACUAUAUCCCCUGCAAUUUGUCCCCUACAUUUUCCACAUUGUGAUGAGGUGGCGUUACCACACAGACCAAGUAAUUAAAAAAGGAGUGUGGUGGAUUGUCACAGGGCUCAUUGUUCUCAAUAAUUUGGCGUCCGUAACACGAAAUUUGCAGAGGCACAUCACCGCUUCUAGCACUAUUUCCACUAUGAAUAAGAACAAAAUAACAUCGUCUCCAGCACUAAUUCUGGUCGGAGUGAACGAAAUUCGUUUCUUACUCCUCCACAUCGGUUGGAUAGGAGUGUGUUACUAUUUUGAAGCGAACGCUGAGAUGGGAAACAGAAUUCUCCUCGCUCCAUGGCAACAAACUAUUCGACUUGAUGAUACACUAUAAUUUCACGAAAGCACCUUAACUUCUUUA